GCGGGGCGGGGCGGGUGCGGUGGGCGGCCCCGCGGCGAUCCGGGAUGUCGGGCUGGCUCCUGGUGACGUAGCGCGCCGCUCGCGCCGCGGGAAGGGCCGCGCGAGACCCCCCCGGCCGCCGCCGCCGCCGCCCUUCCCCCUCCUCCCUCCCGGUCCGGCCCGGUCCGGGAUCCCCCCCCACUCCGUUCCCCCCCCCCUCGCCCGCCAUGGGCAGCACCGCGGCGGCGGGAGCGGGCGGGGCGCCGCGCCGAGCCGGGGCCGCCGCUGGGCAUGUGCCAGGCCCGGCCGCCGCCUGAGCGCCGCCGAUACCGGCAGCGUUGUCCGCGUCCGCCCCGGGCGAAGCCGGCGGCGGGUGCCAUGAAUAGCAGCUGCGCGUCCCUCACCGCCGCCGCCCGCCGCCGCCUGCAGCACCGGGAUCGAUAGAGGCGGGGGCUGCGGACACACUAUGGCCGGCAGCGGCUACACGGACCUGCGGGAAAAGCUCAAGUCCAUGAUGCCCUACCGGGACGGCCACAAAGGUGGCGGCGGUGGCGGCCUCCCGCGGGAGCCCCCCGAACCCCCCUACGAUCGCAAACGGCGGCACCAGGAGGAUUCUGGUUCCGAACCCAGCGACUACGAGGAGCAGAAGGAAGAGGAAGAAGCUCGGAAAGUCAAAAGCGGCAUCCGCCAGCUUCGCCUCUUCAGCGCCGAGGAGUGCGCCAAGAUCGAAGCUCGGAUCGAGGACGUGGUGUCCCGGGCAGAGAAGGGGCUCUACAAGGAGCACACGGUGGAUCGGGCGCCGCUGCGGAACAAGUAUUUUUUUGGGGAGGGCUACACCUAUGGGUCUCAGCUGCAGAGACGAGGCCCUGGCCAGGAACGUCUGUACCCACGGGGGGAGGUGGACGCCAUCCCCGAGUGGGUGCACGACCUGGUGAUCAGGAAGCUGGUGGAGCACCGGGUGAUUCCCGAGGGUUUUGUGAACAGUGCCGUCAUCAACGACUACCAGCCGGGGGGCUGCAUUGUCUCCCACGUGGACCCCAUCCAUAUCUUUGAGAGGCCCAUCGUCUCCGUCUCCUUCUUCAGCGAUUCGGCCCUCUGCUUUGGGUGUAAAUUCCAGUUCAAACCCAUCAGGGUCUCGGAGCCCGUUCUCUUCCUGCCCGUGAAGAGGGGAAGCGUCACGGUGCUCAGUGGAUAUGCAGCCGAUGAAAUAACACACUGUAUUCGACCACAGGACAUCAAGGAGAGAAGAGCUGUCAUCAUCCUUCGAAAAACAAGACUAGAUGCACCUCGAUUGGAAACAAAAUCGCUGAGUAGCUCUGUGUUGCCACCAGGUUAUAACUCUGACCGUCUAUCGGGAAGCAACCGGGACCAGAUCCUGAAACCAAAGCGGUCCCAUCGCAAAGCAGAUCCUGAUGCUGCUCACAGGCCACGGAUUCUAGAAAUGGAUAAAGAGGAGAACAGGCGCUCAGUCCUCUUACCAAAACAUAGGAGAAGGAGCAACUUCAGCUCUGAGAACUAUUGGCGAAGGUCUUACGAGUACACGGAGGACUGUGAUGAGGAAGAGGAGGACGGCAGCCCAGCCAGGAAAGUUAAAAUGAGGCGACACUGAGGAUUGCACUUUCCAGGCUCAUGGAGCUGAUGAGAUUGGUCUCCAGUCUGUGAAAACUUUAUCCUCCCUCUGGCUAACUUCCAUCUAGCUUCAGUUUUGGUUUUUCCUUUCAGGCUGAAGAGUAAACAGGAAGGAUCUAGCGAUUUGUUUUUUAUGAAUGGAGGAAUGCUGACACAUAUGUAAGGAUGGAACAUGUCCAGUGCACAUGGUGUCCUGAGUCAUGGGUCAAACAGGCAUCUCUCCCUUAGGAAGCAGAUAAAGUUAUGCCAGGCUGUCUGUUGGGAUUUCUUUUGAAAACACCAAAAAGUUUAACUGUUUCAUUGCGCAAGAUUCAAGAAUUGUAUUUUUGUUUUUUGCUUUAACUUUCUUCCUUUCCAAAUGUUCUAAAUAUGAUGUUUGACCCCAGGAGCUGAAACUCUGUGGUGGCCUCGUAUUCCUUGCUUCACCAAAGGGCUCCUUGGUCUGCUUUUACCUAGUUGUUGUUGGGUUUGUUUUGAGGGUGCCCUGCAGUAACUGGAAGUUUGAAGCUUUGCAGACCCCUCUUACUGCGAUUGAUUUCAAAGGGUUUAGGACGUUUUUGUUGCACUUUAGUACCAGUUUUAAAUGCCGUAGGUUUCCUUUCCAGUCCCUUUUCCCAAGCCAGCACAGGCUCACAGCUUUGUGUCCCUGUGCUGCCCUCUCCGAGAAGAAUGUACUUAAGCUCUGGUUUCUCAGUGCUGCUCUGACCAGGGGUAUGUUUUGGUUGAGGAGGAAGGAAAUGUGGCUGGCUUCACUGAGGCUUGGCCCAGCAUUGACCCGAGGUCCAUAUUGGAGCCCUGGGACUGGCGAGUGAGUGAUUGCAUUGAGUACAUGCUGCUUCCCAGAGCUGGAGAUAGCAAAUAGGAGUAGGAGAGACGCUGUGCUUGUGAGGACGCUUGCCUUGGGACCCCCUGAGAAGAGGCGUUCUCCACUGUCUGGGGGAAUGGCUUUCGGCCCCCUGCUCCUUUUAGGUGGAGAGAGUUGAAGACGGCACAGCAUCCCAUCGCAAGGGACCGGCUGCGCUCUGUCAGAGCAGGAACGGGCGCUGCUGCGGUGGAGCCGGGCAGCUCGGCUGUGGUCCGUCCCCUCCGAGGCUGGCUCUGGGAGCGAGGAUGCUGCAGGGCUCUAGUUUGGCCUUGGUUCAGUGCAUUCAGCAACUAGUGCUGCAGCAGUUGCCCACCGCCUCCUGUCUUAUUCCUGCGUGUAUUCCUGGGGUAGGGAGUUUUCUGGUUGCUACAGAAAAUGUUAAGAAGAAUUGGGCAUUUGGCCCCAUAGAGUUAGUGUUAGAAAGUCUGCCGCCUUCUUCCUCUUCUCCCACCCAGUUUGUGUUAGCCCAGACUGAAGCCUGGGCGUUUUCAAAAGUUUGGGGCCCAACACCAUAUUUAGAACCGUACUUUUAAGAAACUUCCUCCAAUUGAUUUUUUUGAACCCAAGUGUUGGCAGUUGUAAGGAGUAGUCUUAUUUUUAAAUUUUUACUGCUUUGCCCUCCCUCAAAUUGUAGUUUUUCUUAGUGUUGUGUCCCCCACACACUUCAUGGUCUGCACACUUGGCAAUAAAAAGAUGUAAUAUAUUUUGAAACCUGUUUGCUGCUGUCUUGAGGGGCUCCCAGUCAAAAAAAUAACCCCCAAACCCAGGCAUUGUUCCCCAGAGUGCCGUUCCUUGGCGAUCAAGUAUGUUUGCUGACAUCUGGGUCUCGGUGUCCUUUUCCUUCCCCCCUGACUUCUGCAGCUCCUGCCACUUGCCCGUUGUUGGGGUCACCACUUAGGCUGGAUCUAGCGGUCACGUUAGAGCAAAGGAAAUUACCAUCACCUUCAGUGCCGCUGAUCUGCGAGGGGUUCAUAGGUUCCCACUGCCUGUCUCUGAUUCUCUUCAUCCAGUUGCUUUCCUGGCAAGAGCCCCUGUCGGCUCGGUGCAGAGGUAUGGGCACAGCCUCACAGCCAGCCUUUGAAGGAACCUGUCUUGUCUGCCCAGAUAUCUGAAAGUUCAUGCUGCUUCUGCUUCUGAAACCUUUAAAAAGUCUUCUUCACACCACACUUAGCGUCUGAAGCGGUAUUCCUUGCCCUCCCAGCUUUCUGCAGAGAAUCCGGGCCAGCUCUUGGCUACAAACACCCUGCUUUGGAAAGCUUGGCAUUCCCCUGAUAGCAAAACCGCAUGCAGGGAGCGGGGUCCCUUCUCUUCCUUACGGCUGGUGCAAACAUCUCUGGCGAGCUAGAGACCUGCUAGCAGGAUGCCUAGCAGUGGCUGUUUCUAAUUGUCUCUCUGGAUUCAUCCUGGAUGUGCCCCGUGCCCCCCUCAGCGUCAGGCUCUGCUGUGGGUGCUGCUGAUGGUGGCAGUGGUCACUGCCAGAGGUCUCAGCUCUGCGCAGCCUGCUCUCCCCCUCUCCCCUCCCCGCACUGGCUCCCAGUUUUACGCCUACCUCUGCAAUAUGGACACUACCCUGGUGUCAACCCAAAAUGAAGCUGGAGGCAGCCUGCCUUUCCAGGGCGACUUCCCAGAGCAGGACUCCCGUGGGACGAGGCGUUGGCUCUAUCUCUGCUGAAUACUGAACAAGGCAUCCUGAGCCCUGAACCAACCUUUGCCUCAUCCCAGUCCUUGUGCAGUCUGUACAUGUGCAGGUAUCCUUCCUCUCCCAGCUUGUUUCGGUAUUCCUGCGUGCCGUGGUUCGGAGCUCUCCCCUCCUUCAUUCCUCCCCUGCCCUGCAUCUGUGCGGUGGGUCUGAGCUGGCAGCUGUGCUGGAGCUGCUCUAUAGCUGCUCUCUGUUCUCGUGUGCGCUUGGUUUUCAACCUGACUGGUUGGGUCUUGACACCUUGGAGAAGAGUGAGUGAGUGCGACACGAGCGGUCUGACCCGUAGCGUCUCUUGGGCGAGGAGUCCCCAGUGUGUAGGCAGGCCAUCUUCCCCACUUGUACAGACAUUUUCUAUACACGCAGAUGUAUAUGUGUAGAUAACAUGGUUUUUUAACUCUUUUGCACUGAACAACAUCGAAGUGAAACCUUGAUUUGAAACCAGAAGACACAUUUUUCACGUGGAUCCAGAUGUCUAGAUCCCUUAUUGUAACCUGUCUGGUAAAACUGUGGCUCAAAAAUACUGGUGAUGCCCGUACCUGUUCUCUGUCGCUGGCUGUGUUGGGCUGCCUGCAGCCUUUGGGUCAGGCUGGUGGCAUGGGCCUGCUGCGGAGGAUGGAGGGUGGUGAGGCAAAACUUCUCCGUCUGCUCUGCGGGACAGGCUCAUGCACAGACCUGACCCCACCGGCUUUGUUGUGUCUGUCCUGUCCAACCUCCUCUCCAUCCACCCACAGUUGGUUCUUCAUGUAACCUGCUCAGCCCGAAACUGGGAAUAAGGCUAUGUCCAGUGUGAUGACCCUGUGCACCCAGACCCACAGCCCAGACCAUGAGAACUGCCUUUCCUAAGGAAGGGGGAGGAAGGUGGGGUUUGUCCCUGCUUUUCUGCAAAGAACAGGAGGAAUUGGGGUUUGUUACUGUUACCCGUAUCUUGAGAAGACACGUUGAUCAAACUAAAGCUCUUGCAUCCGUUGCGUGGGCUCAGUGUGUUCAUAGGAAGGGAAGGAAAGGCUGUUUGCUGGCGGUAAGAGGUGAGCUGGCCCAGGGAGAGGCUGUCGGUCCGCCAGCAGGUCACUGCCUGGCUGGGCUCUGCAGGCAGGCUGUCUGCAGCAGGGACGCCCAAAUUGGCACAUCUGGCUCCACAUCUGGUGAACUGUCAUCCAGCCAUCAGUCAGGCGAGAGCUGUGACGCUUGGGAGCUGCGAUCUUGAUCCCAAGGCUUGGCUCAUCCCGGAGGUCGGAGGGGUUGCUGGGGCACAGGGCUGCCAACCCGCUCUCUGGGGUGAGCCAGCCACCAGCACGAGCCGAUGUCUGGCAGGGCAAGAGCCUGGCCCUUCGGUUUUCAGCGCUGUUAGCACCCAGCCCUCGCUGCUACGCAGUCUGAGUCCCAUGGGUUGAAAUGGCUGCCAUGCUUUGAGCAGGGCUCAGGUCAGGGUUCAGACCCCUGCCAGCAGCAAACAGUCUUACAUCUGCCAAAAGUGUUCCCUUUCCUGGUCAGGAGGAGAAAUGUUCAGCCGAAGAAGCGUGUCUCUGCUCCUUCCCACGCCCCUGCCCACACUUACAAGUUCUGGCUGACUUUAAUUUUGUUUUUUAGAGAUUCUAAUUUUUUUUUGUUUUGUUACGAAUAAAAAUAAAAAAAUAAAAAAGAAAGUGGCAAUAUUUUUUUCUGUAAGCUUUUCCUAGGAAAAAGCGUGGUUUGUAACAAAGUUGUACAGUUCUGAAGUUUGAGAUACGAGAAGUACUGUGUGAAACGCUGUAAAUGGGGCAGAGAUUAUUUUAUGUACAGUCUGAUGUGGGGGGAAUCUUUUAAUUCUGGUUGAUUCUUAGGAAGAAUUUGGUUCUUCACUGUCAGGGUUUGGAAUUUCAUGGUUUCAUUAUUAUUUUUUUUUCUUGUAUAGAUUGCUGCAUUAAUUGAAUAAAAGCAGAAAGCAUCA